UAUGUAAAAUAGUUUGAAUUUGUAUACACGUUGUGGUAGAUGUAACUAUGGAAGUUUCACAAAAGCUGGAUGUUGAGUCAUAUACUUAUGACAGUGAAUUUGACAGUAGUGCGUAUACAACGAGUUCUGGAUGUGAUGCGAGUAUGGAACACGGAUUUGACAUGUCUCGUGAAGAUUUCCAUUCUAGUAGUCCUAUUCCAAAAUUUACUUUUACCACACAUUCUGAUGAUUCUUCCCCGGAAUGUGUGAAUGAACUGGCUUCGAGGGAAGAGAACUGUAUUUCAGUGCAACACCAAUCAGUUUCACCUCCAUAUAAAAGAGUGAGAGCGCUAAGACUAUUUGACUCCCCAGCUACACCGAAAACAUUGCUUGAAAAAUGUUCAUUUCAUACUCCAGUUACUCCAAUGCCUCGUUCUAGAUUGUUCAGUAGGAUUGAAAAUCCUAAAGGGUUGACAUGUUCUUAUCCAAAAUUAGAUAAACCAUCUGCUAAUGUGAAUCCAUUUACUCCGAAUGGCAUGCUGUUAAUGUCGAAGAAACGGACAAGAUCAAAGAGGAGCCUUGUGGGGUCACCAACUGAUGGACCUGAUGUUCCUAAAUUUGAACUGAAUGACUCCGAAGAAUCUGACACGGAAGUAGAACAUCCAACUAAGAGACUGGCACUUCAAGAUUCGAAUAUCCCACGAUAUCGCAAGGAAUUCCUUGAGGUUCGUCUGAUUGGAGCUGGUGAAUUUGGCAGUGUGUAUGAAUGCAUCAAUAGGUUAGAUGGUUGCACCUAUGCUGUAAAGAAGAGUAUCAAACCUGUUGCUGGCAGUGUGAAUGAGAAAACAGCACUGAAUGAAGUGUAUGCGCAUGCAGUAUUGGGCCAACAUCAACAUGUGGUGCGCUACUAUUCAGCGUGGGCAGAAGACAACCAUAUGAUCAUACAAAAUGAAUUUUGCAAUGGUGGAAGCCUAGCAGAUGUUAUUGAAGAACGUCGGCAUGGGAAAAGGCCUUUCACAGAAUCUGAGCUGAGGCGACUGUUGCUUCACGUUUCAGAAGGACUAAGGUAUAUCCAUUCGAUGCAACUGGUCCAUAUGGACAUCAAGCCUGGCAACAUAUUCAUAUCUAGGAACAGGAGACUGCAUGCUUUGAAUUAUGACUCGGCAGACGAUGGUUUCGAGGAGGAUGACCCAGUCUCCGCAGAAGAAGAAAUAACCUAUAAAAUAGGUGACUUGGGGCAUGUUACUUCUGUGAGCAACCCACAAGUAGAAGAGGGAGACUGCCGUUAUUUGCCAUGUGAGAUACUACAGGAAGACUUCAGCCAUCUAACAAAAGCAGACAUAUUUGGUCUGGGUCUGACCAUAUAUGAAACUGGAGGAGGAGGACCUUUACCUAAAAAUGGUGAAGAAUGGCAUAACAUACGAGAAGGAAAGCUGAAGGAAUUGCAGCAUUGCAGCCAAGACUUCAAUGAUCUGAUAAAGCAAAUGAUUCACCCAAAUCCUGAAAUGCGCCCAGCAGCUACCAGCCUCAUCCAGCACCGUGUACUUUGUCCAUUUGGGAACAAGUCAAAGGCGCAGUUACGCAGAGAAUUAAAUGCUGAGAAGCUGAAAAAUGAGAUUCUUGCCAAGCAACUUGAGAAUGCUGAGAAGUGCUUCAAGUCCUUACCUACUAACAUGAUCCAGCAGUUCAGCGGGAACUCUUCAGAGUCAGCCGAAGUCAAGCGAUCAGUUUCCAUGCGAGCGUCGAGGCUGAUUGGAAAGAAAGUGAAUCGUAGUCACAGCGCAACUAAUUUCUAACCUUUUGGGUAACAAGUUAUUAACUGUUUCUAAAAUAGUCAUCAGAAUUUACAACACAUUCAAAUGUUGGCAGCCGUCCUCUGCUACAGAUUAAUAUUAGCUGAUGAUUCUGGAACAGAAUUCAUUGCAUUUUAAAAAUGUUAAUCGUUAGCAUAGGAGGAUGUUAAGAAUGUAUUGUAAAUUUGUAUAACUAUUUUAUAUUUUAAAUAAUACUGGGUGUAUUUAAGGAAUAUCCUGUGAUGUGAAGAUUCUUACAGUUAUAUGGUUUGAAGGCAAAUUAAAUCAAUAUAUUCAUAACUAUUUGUUAAUUUAAAAUGUGUAUCAUUGGACAAGUUUAUUUAUUAUUCUGAGAACAGUGGACCAAAUAAUUUUCUUGUAGUGUCCAUUUUAAAUGUUUUAGGUGCAUGCAAAUAUCACAGUGUCUUAGAGCAUGGGUCUCUUUUCUUUCUUGCUUUGUCUGGGUACAAAAAGUUUUUGGAAG